AAAGCAUGCUGGGAGAGGAAACCUCCAGGAACCUGAGGGAAAGAGGAAGUUCUGCUGGAAACGUCCUGUAAAGAGGCUCUGAUGUCCGGACAGCGGGAGGGAGAGCCCCGGCAUGAGGAGCAGAGAGAUCCAGUCAGAGGACAAUACCAGAGAGAUGUCCGCGUCCUCUCCUUCCACAGGACGGUCAGUUUUGUUCUUGACAGACGACUAUACCGGGAGCACAAGAGAACACCUGAUACCUACAUAUUGUAAUGCAGAUGAUUCGGUUGUCGCACCAGAUACAUAUGAAAAAUGUGCCAUUAUCCCAGUUGUACACUCAGACCUGCAAAUCAAAAAUCUGCCACCUGAUCCUUUAAAAAAGACUGUUAUGCAGAAUGCAAACCACAGAAGUGGUGCUGGAUCUCAAAGAGCUCAGAAAGGGAAGAAGUCUUAUUCAUGUCCAGAAUGUGGCAAAUGUUUUACUCGAAAAUCACAUCUUGAUAUCCAUCAAAGAAAUCACACAGGGGAGAAGCCGUAUUCAUGUCCAGAAUGUGGCAAAUGUUUUCCUCGAAAAUAUCAUCUUGAGAGCCAUCAAAGACAUCACACAGGGGAGAAGCCAUAUUCAUGUUCAGAAUGUGGCAAAUGUUUUACUGAGAAAUCAAAUCUUGAGAGGCAUCAGAAAAUUCACACAGGGGAGAAGCCAUAUUCAUGUUCAGAAUGUGGCAAAUGUUUUUCUCAGAAAUCACAUCUUGAUAUCCAUCAAUUACAUCACACAGGGGAGAAGCUGUAUUCAUGUUCAGAAUGUGACAAGUGUUUUUCUCAGAAAUCAAAUCUUGAAAGCCAUCAAAGACAUCACACAGGGGAGAAGCCAUAUUCAUGUUCAGAAUGUGGCAAAUGUUUUUCUCAGAAAUCAAGUCUUGAGGGCCAUCAAAGACAUCACACAGGGGAGAAGCCAUAUUCAUGUUCAGAAUGUGGCAAAUGUUUUACUGAGAUAUCAAAUCUUGAGAGGCAUCAGAAAAUUCACACAGGGAAGAAGCCGUAUUCAUGUUCAGAAUGUGGCAAAUGUUUUACUGAGAAUUCAAAUCUUGAGAGGCAUCAGAAAAUUCAUACAGGGGAGAAGCCAUAUUCAUGUUCAGAAUGUGGCAAAUGUUUUUCUCGGAAAUCAAGUCUUGAGAGCCAUCAAAGACAUCACACAGGGGAGAAGCCAUAUUCAUGUUCAGAAUGUGGCAAAUGUUUUACUGAGAAAUCAAAUCUUGAGAGGCAUCAGAAAAUUCACACAGGGGAGAAGCCAUAUUCAUGUUCAGAAUGUGGCAAAUGUUUUUCUCGGAAAUCAAGUCUUGAUAUCCAUCAAUUACAUCACACAGGGGAGAAGCCGUAUUCAUGUUCAGAAUGUGGCAAGUGUUUUUCUCAGAAAUCAAAUCUUGAAAGCCAUCAAAGACAUCACACAGGGGAGAAGCCAUUUUCAUGUUCAGAAUGUGGCAAAUGUUUUUCUCAUAAAUCAAGUCUUGAUAUCCAUCAAUUACAUCACACAGGGGAGAAUUCGUAUUCAUGUUCAGAAUGUGGAAAAUGUUUUGCUAGGAAAAAUCAACUUGCUGAGCAUUUAAAAAUUCACACAGGGUAGAGGUCAUUUUCCUGCCCAGAAUGUGUUAAAUGGUAUACUCGGAAAGCAAAUCAUCUGAAAUCUCACACCGAGGAGAAGUGAUAUUAAUGCCCAGAACGUGUUUUACUAAAGAAUGUAAAUUUGAGAAUCGUUAGGGAAGUCACACAGGGGUGCAGCCAUGUUUAUGUUUAGAAUGUGGAAACUGUUUUAUUCAGAAAUAAGCCCUUGUUCAAUAUCAGAGAAUUCAUACAGGGGAGAAAAAGUUCUAACCCCUUCCCAACAUCCUCCAUACAUGUAUGGUGGAUGUCGGGAAUAUAAAGAUGGUGCCCACUCUAGAGUUAAGUGAGUGCCAUAGGCGAAGCAUGCGUGCGGUUUCACACAGCAGCGUCCACGAUUGGAGAUAGCUCUGAUCGCUGACAUUCCAUCAGAUGCUGUAGCCAACUGCAACCACAGCAUCUGAGCAGUCAUUUACUGGGAGCGAGCGAGGUGUUACAGCUUGAAGAGCAUAUGAAUUAGAACCAAAGAUAACUUCAUAAAACCAAAUAUAACAAUAGUAUAUAUAAAAAGACUGGGCACAUCUGAGGAAAUUUGGUCACUCUAUUUAUUAGUUGGGCUAAAAACACACAUAUAGCCCAAAAAAAAAAAAAAAGGGAAUGGAAUAAUGUACUCGAUUGGCGCUUCAGUAAAUAGGUAUAUGUUAGACAGUAGAAUAAAUAGAAUGCAAUAUAUACCACCAAUGUAUAGGUGAUACACAAUAAACAGAGUAUACAAUAUAUUCAAUCAGUUGAUUGUGCAUCACCUAUACAUUGGUGGUAUAUAUUGCAUUCUAUUUAUUCUAUAAAAAGUGUGACCAAAUUUCCUCAGGUGUGCCCAGUCUUUUUAUAUAUACAUUUGUUCUCAAUCAGUAGUAGGGUGAUACUACUUGACUGUGAGCACCCUGGUUGGUGACUAGCAGUCCUGUGCGUCCUACUACCUUAUAUUUUCUACAAAUAUAACAAUAGCCACAUGAAGUAUAGUGAAUAAAAGAUAUAACAGAGAAUGGAUUGUAGUUCAAGGCCUUUACCAUAGCUACCAUAAAGAAACCAUUAGAGAGAUUGCUUACAUGAUAAUGGAGUAUUUUCAGUUCUUACCUAUAUUAAUAAGCCAUUUGCACACUGGUGUCUGAUUACCCGACAACAACAGCCCUUAGUUUCCCUGCUAUGAUAACAUACGAUGUGUGGAGCUCCCCUCUCAUUUUUGUUACACAGAUGUAUCCUCAUGAUAGUGAUAGAGAUGUGAAUAUAAUUUUUGUAUAACUAGAUGAUUUUCUUAUGUAUUUACUUUAAGCUGCUUCUUUAUUAUCUUCAGUGCUUCCCCCUUUGCUAGCCAAGCUGUAAGUGUAUACAACUCUGGAGAGAGAAGAGGGGGUGAAACUGCGAGCAUCGAAGGCCCCCUGGUCUCACAUAUGUAUAGACUGUAGAAGAAAGCUUGAGCCAAUGACUUAGUUAGAUAAUAUACAUGUAUACUCACUGCCUAUAAAAAGCACCUCCUUGAAGUGUCACAUAUGACAUAUGCAGUAUUGAUAUUAGUGAGAGGCCAUUACAAGAUGGCGGCUGACACCCAGAUGUUCACAUUAGUUCUCAUACCAAGGUUUGUAAGACAGUGCACCCUGCGCAGAAGCCAAGUGUUAUCUUAUCUUCUUAGCUAAUGAAAUAAUGGCAUGAGCCUGAAGAUGUAUAUACAGCGUAACUCAUUGUAAUAAAGAAAGAGAUUGCCUUGA